GAUCCUUCUCGCUCAAAUCCUAAACCCCUUCUUCCCCUUGAGCACAGCGGAGGAAGAAAUAAGAGAUUGGGGGAUUUCGAUCUCGCCCCAAUUGAUGGAUAAUCUCGUCCUCCUCUCCAAAUUCUCCGUCCCCGUAGCGGCUCCAAAUCUUUGCGAGAUCCCAAACAGGCGGCGAGCGGCUGGUUCUUCUCUUUCCCCGCUCCGUGCGGGACGCGGAAGACGAGCCGGAAACGGUGGGAGACGUCCCGGGUUCGUUUUCUUAGCCCUGAAGAAUGGAAGCAGCGAUCGAGCCCUAUCUGAUGCUGGCCAUCAAAAACUCAAGACACAUGUUUUUGGAAGUGUCUCAUCUUCAAGCAACAAAGAGCUGACAACUAAUAGUGGAGUAGCACCACCUCUGGUCCCUUCAUCACCGUCAUCCAUAGGUUCACCCCUGUUUUGGGUUGGAGUUGGAGUUGGUCUAUCAGUAAUAUUCCAAGUGGUGGCGGCAAAAUUAAAGAGACAUGCACUUCAACAAGCUUUCAAGACAAUGAUGGAUCAAGCAGCACCUCAAGGUGGACAAUUCAAUAAUCCUUCCUUUGGACCAGGCUUGCCUUUCCCGUUUCCUUCUACAGUAUCAUCACCUCCUACUGCAUCAACUCUGUCAACGGCACAUGUUUCUUCCCAGCAGCCUGUUACAGUAGACGUUCCAGCCACAAAAGUGGAAUCAACUUCAACGCCUGAAAUUGGAGAUGAAACUCAAUUAGAAGAAGCAAAACCAAAAAAAGCUGCUUUUGUGGAUGUUUCUCCAGAAGAACUAUUGCAAAGUGAUCCUUCUUAUCUAAAAGAGUCCAUAAAGGCAAGUCCAGUGGAGACUCAGUCCGUGAAGGAAGUUCCAUCAAAUGGACCUGUUAAGCAGGACGGAAGUGCUCCAAAUGGACAAUCCCAAUCUCGCAAGUCACCAUCUCCCUUGUCAGUUGAAGCAUUAGAGAAAAUGAUGGAAGAUCCAACUGUGCAGAAAAUGGUUUACCCCUAUUUACCUGAAGAAAUGAGGAACCCAGAGACUUUCAAGUGGAUGAUGCAAAAUCCACAAUUUCGCCAGCAAAUGCAAGAUAUGCUAAGCAACAUGGGUGGCAAUAAUGAAUGGGACAACCGACUGACUGAGUCCUUGAAAAAUUUUAAUCUUAGCAGUCCUGAGAUCAAACAGCAAUUUGAACAGGUAGGCCUCACUCCAGAAGAAGUUAUAUCUAAAAUAAUGGAAAAUCCUGAUGUUGCUAUGGCAUUUCAAAAUCCUAAAGUGCAAGCUGCCAUCUUAGAUUGCUCACAAAAUCCACUUAGCAUUGCAAAAUAUCAGAAUGACAAGGAGGUUAUGGAUGUGUUCACCAAGAUAUCGGAACUCUUUCCUGGUGUAUCGGGUUACCCAUGACCGACCUCGUGCACAGUGCUCCAUGGUUGUGACAAGUCAAUUUUUGUCUGCUCUUCAGCGAAUCUAGAAGCUGUAAAUUACGCAGCACAAUUUCAAAAUGCAGUUCAUGCUUGAGCCAAAUCUUUUGUAACUCUGCGGCAGCAGGUUAUCAUACAUCAUGUAAGUUGGUCUCGAGUUGAGAAUUGAGGUAGGAUUUCGGAUCUUUUUCUAUCUUCUGAUGUAUGGCUGACCACAUUUUGUUCUUUACUUUCUUAUAUAAAAGAACCUUAUAUGGAUGGUGUGCCCGUCUUCAUUUGUAACACUGGUCUUAUUCUUGAAGUUGAGGUAGAAGCUAAGAACAAGAGUUCCAGAUGCUCUUUGGACAUUGAGACCAGAAAAUUUAGUCAUUGGUUUGAACGUUCAGCAACUAAUUCUCCCAAAGCUGCUCAACCGGUUGGUUUAAUUGAGGAUCACAAUGAUAGUUAUGUUGCAUAAAAUUGUGUAUCAAAUAAUCUAUUGCUGCUCGUGAGAUUCAAAUU